CUGCGGCAAAUCUGCGGCUCUCCGCGGCCGUUCAUCGAAAGACGAAGAGUGACCGGACGUGGUAUUAGGGCACCCGGCCUGGAUUUGGGUGCCGUCGCGCUGCUCGCGAUCGUCCGAAACGAUCGCCCGGAGUGCCUCCCGAAUAAACCUGAGACCGUACCCUCCAGAGGGAUGAGGGGCUCCGAUAAUGAAACGAUCUUCGCGCGAUCUCUGUCACGUCCUUCGCGUAGUUCAGCAGAGAUCGAAUUUGACCAAAGUGACUUGUGCGAAUGCCCGUUGUCGCCGAGGCUCCGCCGGUACGGAGAUUAAUUGAUCGGCGAAGAGAGGAAAGCGUUGGAGGACAUCGAUGUCAGUCGACGACCUCAUGGCGCAGGUGGGGGGUAUCCUCUCGUGAGAGCGAACACGGAGAAGUUCACGGCGGAGAGUACGUGCGGUGGAGGAGGAAACGUCGACAAGUGCGUGUAACGACGUCGGGACGCAUCGCCAUUUGUUUCGGAGCAGGAAAGAAACGACAGAGCGUUUGCACUUCCGUUCCUCGCGGGAGUUCCGACGCUGUGGACAGUCGCGUUCGCGAAGAUCGUUUCGUCGCUCCCGAUUGAAUCUCUUGGUACGCGACCGCGACGGUGUUACAGUCAACAAAGUUUGCGAGAAAUCGCCGGACCGAGGAGCGGAAAGCUGUGUGGGAGAACGGUUGCGCGACAUGGAGUCGAUGGAAUUCCGAGGGUGUGAGGCACAGUGUACGCUCGUCUUUAAGGUCGGCGGGAGGCUGUAAGCGGUCCCGUGAUUGGUUAAACGCGUCCGCGGGAAUCUUUUUCGCCCUGUUACAUGCGCUAAUUCGAGUUCACGAGGCGAGUUUACGUGUUUGAGGUAAACUGAUGAGGGCCUGCGGUUGAUGGCCGACCGACAUCGCGUUCAUCAGGUCAGCCGAAGAUCGGCCAACACCGUGGGGGAAAGGGACGAGGAGAGGCCGAAAGGGGAUCUCAGUUGAUCGGCGAAGUUCAGCAUCGCGAUCGACGUCGCUAAUUCGCGCGACGAGGCGCCGUGACGACGUUUACGAGCUAGAUGGACUCUGGUAAACUGAAACUACCGCUACUGCCCGCCGCCAAUUCGACGGGAAACUUUCGCCCAACUCAAUUACGCCGUGUCAUAUUCCGCGCCUGCGAGAGCCAGCGGAAAGGUGACACCGACCUACUCUUCGCCGCAACUCGGCGAGCUCGUGUUCCAUGAAAGAGCUAAUCGUGGUACCACGGACGCUUCUUCGCGAUUAAUUUAUGAUAAGUGUAGUAAAGCCGCCUGGUGUGGAUUACGACGCGCGCCGACGGGGAGGGGGGUUGUUAGUAGCACCGUUAGCGAAUUCAGCAAUUAAUAUGGCGAGACAGGCAUAUUCCGUCGUUGAUUAAUAUGCUGACCGCAUAGAGGAGCAGCACCGCGAGGCGAGAUUUAAAAUUCAUAUCGGUCGCAUAAUCGAUAGUUUGUCACGCGCGCUCUCUUUUUAAAUUCGAUUCUACUUAUGUGAGUUGCAUAUUAAAUAAACAGCGUCGUGCGAUCGUCGCGGGCCUCGAGCGGGGAAUUCGUCCUGACCACCUCGCACACGAAUUAAGUCGCGGUGGCAGUUAUAAAGGAGAGUGGCUGGCUGACUGGCUGGCUUACGGUCCGCGCACGCUUAUGGCGCUCACUUAAUCAGGAUGAGAUCUGAGAAUUCGCUGACAAUGCUGCUGGUGCGACGGAACCUGGAGAACUGGUCUGCGAAAUGAAUACUCCUGAGAGAAACAAUGGAAGCGUCCACGCGAGCAUGACGACCUCAUUCGGUGUCGCGGACGGCGCGCUUAGACGGCCAGAAACGAGACCCACGAGUCGUCAGUGAAACGGAGAAGUAUCGUCACUGUCGUCGUUGUCGUCGUCGUCGCUCUGUUGUGGUGGAGUCAGCUGCCUGUUCUCGCCUCGAGGCGAAAAGGAAAUCGGACGAGAUCAGCAGACAUCGGGUAGACACCGAUAAAAGGACGGUGUUAUGUUAGUGACAAGGCCUCACCCUCUAGGAGGGCAUAUACUACUCGCCCUCUUCCUUUUAACGGGGUGUUUCGCCUUGCUGUCACGGGCGGCCGCCUUCCCGGACUGGACCGACUGCCCCGCGGUUUGCCGAUGCAAGUGGACAUCCGGCAAGAAGUCCGCCCUGUGCCCGGACGCCGGCCUGACGUCGCUACCGGCGUCCCUCGACCCGGACAUGCAGGUGCUCGACCUGUCCGGCAACAAGAUACCCGCUCUGAAGGCGGAGAUAUUCAAAACGGCCGGUCUGCUAAAUCUGCAACGGGUCUUUCUGCGUAAUGCAGGCAUCCACAGUAUACACGCGGACUCUUUCAAGGACAUGAGGAUACUCAUCGAGAUCGAUCUGUCGGACAAUCACGUGACGGUCUUGGAGCCGAACACAUUCCUCGGGAACGAACGCCUGCGCAUUUUGAUACUCAGCGGGAAUCCGCUCGGUACUCUACGUAAUCUACAGUUUCCUGUGCUGCAGCAUCUGCGAAAUUUGGAGUUGGAACGAUGCUCCUUGACUGAGAUACACGGACAGGCUUUUGCCCGGUUAACCGGCUUAGAAUCUUUAAAGUUGGACGCUAAUCAACUAGAAUAUCUGGAGGCCUCGGUGAUAUCCGGUUUAUCUCAUUUGAAAACCCUAUCGCUGGACGGCAACCGAUGGAGAUGCGACUGCAGAAUGCGAGAAUUCCGCACCUGGCUUAUCUCCGACGUACCCAGUAAGCUGUACUCCGUGCCGCAGAUCUGUUCAGGUCCGCAGAGGCUGAAAGGCCGUAGAUGGGAGAACGUGAAACCUACGGAAUUCGCCUGCGAACCGAAAGUAUACCUUCUGCCGAACAGCAUACAAGAGGAGACCAACGGUAAUCUCAGCCUGGCGUGUCGAGCGAGCGGCGAUCCCGAGCCAGAAGUUUGGUGGCAACUGAACGGCGGACCGAUCAACGCUACCAAAUCGACUGAUCAACCCUACAUGGGGACUCUCGUCGUUUACACAACGUCCGAGGCUAGCAUGCCCUCCAACGACAAGUCCGCGUCGUCCAGGACCGUCGCGGACCGAUGGAGUAACCUGACCGUUUACAACGUCAGCGACAGCGACGCCGGCGAAUACACCUGUUUUGCGAAGAAUAUCGCCGGCCUCGCGCAGGACACGACCAGCGUGGCGAUACCUCGCGUCUAUACGGCCCCGACUCUCUCCCAGAGCGACAACUGGUUGCUCUGGGUAAGUUUGGCUGGAGGCGGCGCGGCCGCCGCGUGUGCCUCCAUCUCGGCCGUAUUGCUGGUUCUCUGUUUAUGCGGCGGAAGUCGGCGGCACAGCAAACGGGAGAAGGUGAAGUUGCAGGGCAGCAGCAGUUUCGGCGAUCAGGAGAAGAAGCUGCUGGAUCUGUCCGUGACCACCACCACGACACCCGGUAACAGCAACGAUCGCGGCAGCGGUCACGGCAGCCUCGGAGAAGCGUGCAGCACCGGUGACCUCGAGCUGGCGGAGCGCGGCUCGAUUUGCGAUCCUAUGGCCGCGGCCGCGGUCACCGUCGAGCGACUGCGACCUGCGGACAGUUCGGUGAACACCAUUCGCGCGGUACCAUGCACCGCUGCGGCCGCCGCCGCCGGCGUAUUUCCGCCCCCGCCGCCGGAAUUUACCACCGGCGUGCUGCCGGCCGGGAUCUUCGGCAACAUCUUCAUCUCCGUGUCACUGCCGCAGGACGCGUCGUCGGAGCGCUGCUACCCGGAUCUCCUCGACAUCCCCGUCCACGCGGUCAGCGGCGCUGCGGCCGCCGUAUCAACCGGCAGCAAGACUGCGGCCUCGUCGGCGGCAAUUAACGUUUCUAGCUUUGCCACGCUGCCGCGUCGGGCCUUGCGCUCCACCGAGAUCGCCGCCGUCUCGCCUUACGACAAUAUGGGGCCGCGCAUUACGGCAAACGGCAGUUCCGCGUUUUCGCUGACGGACAUGACGGACAUGGACCUGCGGCUGUCGCCGCCGCCGCCGCCGCGGAUCAUUCAACCGCCGCACGAGUUCGUUUCUCUCUAAAGCAGCGGCCCCCCUCUUCCUACGCCGAUCCGUAUUGUCACGCAAUACUGAUUUCGUAAUCGAUAAUAUUCCGCUAAUAGCGUUAUCCCUUAAUAUACUACGGAGCAUCCAUUAUCGGCCGGGUAUUAUUGGAUAACAACAAUUAAUGCGUGGUAAUAUUAAUCGUGUCAGAAAUCGCUCAUGGAUCGACUCUUCGAGAACGCACGCGCUCGCUUCGAACGAGUGAUCCGUAUACACUCCUCAGUGGAGUUUCAGAGACGUGUCGAAUCCUAUCACUUAUCGGUGUCGCAAAUUUGACAAUGACGCCAAGUUAAGAUCACAUUGAUUAUAUUGAAGAAUUUUCAUUCCGGUAUUACGUGUUCGUUGGGUGGAUAUUAAAAAUAUUGCAGCUUCGAAAUAUUGAUCGCAACUUUGGACUGCCAUUUAUGAAAUCAAAAUUUCUAAAUAUCAUUUGUUUAUAAUCAUAAGUUACAUAAUCUUUUAACAAUUAAAAAUUUUAUCAUUAAACGUAAUAUUGUGUCGCUUUUUAAGCACUUAUGUAAUCUCCAUUUGUUGUAUAAAAAACGAUAUAAAACCUAAUCAGUAAUCAAUGAUCUAAGGAAUGAUCAAUAAUCAAAUGCAGAUAACUCGAAUUUUUAAAGACAUCGCAAAAGUGUCUUUAAUAUUUUUUCAUCAUCUUCUGGACUUCCACAUUGCGUUUAGGAAAAUGUAAUGAGUAUAGCAUAUCUCUAAGUGACUUUUCUCGAGUAUUUCAUUAUUGACAAGGAAUAUGUAAACAAUUUCUAGGAAAUGGUCAACAUGUCGAUGUAAAUGGGUGUUUUUCAUUCAUAAUUUGUACACACACUUGUUUUGAUUUAAAUUAGCUUAUAAAGUUGUUAUAAAAAUAUAAUUUAUAAUAAAGUUAAAUAUGAUAAAUGAAAAGAAUUAUCACGUGUGGAAAUUAGUGCGCAUAAUAAAUACGUAUAAUUUUUCGAGCAAUUU